CCUGUUCCUAAUGGACGUUGGACGAAAGAGAAAGUGACGUUGGAGUGAAAAUCUUGACGUGGUUUAGAACUCUUUGUUAUAGAUGUGUGCUGUGGAUGACAACCGUCCAGCCCCGUCGCAACAACAGCAGCAGCGGCAGCAGCAGCAGCUUGGGCAGCAGCCGAGUAUUUAUCAUCGCAGGCAGCAGCAGCAGCAGCAGUCGAGGGGAGUGAAGUGAACCGGAGGAAGGAGAGAGAGAGAGAGAGAGAGAAAGGAUUUACGGACACGGACCGAGCAUGGCUACCAAAACGACAGCAUCAUGCACUGGAUCCACUCUGUUGCAGCCUAUCAGUGAGAUCAUCAACCUCCCUGUUGACCAGGUUAACUUUGUGGCAUGUCAGCUGUUCGCCCUCCUGAUGGCUGUGUGGUUUCGGAUCUACCUCCACCCCAGUAAGACCAGUCCUUUCAUCAGACAUGUGGUGGCCACUCUGCUGGGCUUCUACUUGGCUCUCUUCUGCUUUGGCUGGUACUCCCUCCACUUCCUGGUCCAGAGCGGUCUGUCCUACAGUGUGAUGAUCUUUGCUGGCUUGGAGCACAUGCACAAGUACUGCUUCAUCGUGACGCUUGGCUACCUGAUCCUGUGUCAGAUCACACGAGUCUACGUCUUCGACUACGGCAUGUACUCUGCAGAUUUUACAGGGCCCAUGAUGGUUAUAACACAGAAGAUUACCAGCUUGGCAUUUGAAAUACAUGACGGUUUGACCAAGCGAGAUGCGCAGCUGACACCCAGUCAGAAAUACCUUGCUAUCAGGCGGAUGCCCAGCCUGCUAGAGUACCUGAGCUACAACUGUAACUUCAUGGGCAUCCUGGCAGGCCCCACCUGCUCCUACAACGACUACAUGGCCUUCAUAGAAGGCACAGGCUACCAGCCACGCCACCAUGAGAAUGCAAACGCCAACGGCAAGGAGAACGGGAAAUACAAACAGAGUGAACCCUCAUCCAAGAAUGACGUCAUCUCCAAGCUGUGCACAUGUGCCAUCUCUCUGGGCAUCUACCUGUCGCUGUGCAAGCUGCUCCCUGUGGAGCACGCCAUAGACGAAGAGUUUGUCAGCUCCACGCCCUUCUAUCUGCAGGUCAUCUACCUUUACCUGGCCAUGCUGGCUCUGAGACCCAAGUACUACUUUGUCUGGACACUUGCUGAUGCUAUCAACAACGCUGCAGGAUUCGGCUUUAAUGGAUACAACAAAGACGGCUCCCCGCGGUGGGACUUGAUAUCAAAUCUCAGGAUUCUAGACAUAGAGUUUGCAACAAGUUUCAAGAGUUUCCUAGACAACUGGAACAUCCAGACAGCACUUUGGCUCAAAAGGGUGUGCUACGAGCGCUGCUCUCUCAACCCCACAGCUGCCACCUUCCUGCUGUCAGCCAUGUGGCACGGGGUGUAUCCCGGCUACUACCUGACCUUCCUCACUGGCAUCGCCAUGACCAUGGCUGCACGGGCAAUAAGACACAACAUCAGACCGUACUUCCAGGGGUGCGACUCGCACAGAAAGAUCUAUGAUGUCAUCACGUGGGCGUGGACGCAGAUUGCCAUCAGCUACACAGUGGUACCAUUUGUACUACUUGCUGUUGGACCAUCACUCAAAUUCUACAGGUCUUGCUACUUCUGUUUACAUCUCCUCUGUCUCCUGGUGGUCUUGGUCCUGCCUGUAAGAUCGAGACGCCGGCAGGCCGAAGAGCAGAAGAACAACUUGCAGAAAAAUAACGCACAGGGCGACCAGAUAGAGCACAACAGCACGGACAACAACUGCAACCAGAAAGACAAAGCCACAUGAGGCCUCAGGACAGCAGCAGCAGCAGGAACAGUGAGACCAACUGGAAACCACUGAGAGCUUGGAGUGUGGAGAGUCUGUUUACCUGACAAAAGAACCAAAUAUCAGAUGCUCUGAAAAUCCUGACUGACAGAAAACACAACUCACUGCUCUGUCAGAAACUUCUCGUAGCAAGGACAACAGCAAUCUCACUUCUGACAUGGAUAAGAGACUGGGAUGUAACAUAAUGAGUGAUAGUGGUUACUUUACAUUACAUUAGUGGAAAUGAAGACUUCCAAGCUGCCUUAAACCCUCUAUGUACUCGUCUGGUGAAGUAACAGUUGGAUGGCACGCUGCAAGAACCCUCAUGCAGUCUCCCCAUUGUGAUGUCAGGUUAUAGAAACAGAUGAAGAGCAGUAUGUGGAGGGUUUUUGUCAUUGUCUGGAUACAAGCCUCUGUUUGGUGGGAACAGAAAAUGUGUUCGUGUUAAAGAAACAUAACCUUUAUCAUCAGCUGCCAAUUUCAAACAGGCCUUAGGAUCCUCCAAACAUUGUUUGAUUUAUAUGUCUUUUUUAAGAAUCUUUAUUGAAGAGGAAUUCACAUUGUAUGUGUGUUUUGUAUGUAGAUGUUUGUGACAACACUAUUUGAAAUCUGUUCUCAAUCUUUCUUUUUUUCUUGUUUUUUUCCUGAGAUGAAUUUGACUUUGCCUGAAAUAGAGAGUCCAAAAGUGGGAUUCAGGUCACGACCGUUUCCAGCAGUGGAAAGUCUAAAAGAGGAGCUCAAGUGUUACUAAAUAGAGUUGUGUUUCUUUUUUAUAUUUCUCAUAUCUGCUGCUUUUUUUUUUCACAAACAUGACUCAUCAGAAAAGCGUGUUUUUUCAAAGGGAGUUCAUUUAACCUGUUGUGAUUCUGACAUUUUAAGCUUCAAGGUUUCUGAAUUUGGGAUCAGGGGUGUGAUUUUUCUUCUCCUUUGUUUUCAUAUUUUUCACACAAAUGUCUUGCCUCUGGAACGAGAGGAUCCAAACUAUUUAAUUAAUGCAAGUUAAUAAUAAAAUGGUAGAAUUGGGGAAACAGUGGAUUGUUAACAUGACUAUUGUACAAUUGUUUAGUUAAUUGUCUGAAAUGCCAUAAAUGUCACAGAAAUCUAAUCAGAUAACCACAUUCACUAAAAGUUAAUUAUUUGUUCAAAGGUUUUGUAGCCAUAAUUAUUACAAACUGUUGAAUGUAGAAGUUUCCAAUUAAAUGCACAGUGCAUUAAAGCACAAAUUGUGUUUAUUCAGGCCACACAUCAUCUAAGUGUGAAAUUUGCGUUUGUCCAUGGGGAAAUUUACCGUAACGUAUUAAUGUGACAUCACAUUAUUGUACAAAAUUCAAAGGCAUAGACCAGCUGUUGCGGUAAAUUGUCUUUUUUGUCAUACUGUGUGCAAUUAUGUUAGAAUAGAGAAUGUUUCAGGGUGCAUUUACUGUAGGGUGUCAGAGACACUGGUUCCUUAUGUUGUGUUGGUCUACGGCUCACCAAAAGCCUUUCAAAUAAUCCAGUCUACUCUUUACAACAUGCAACAGUUCAAACAGCCACUAAUAGUAGUCAUUUCUGUUUCAUUAGAUAUCUACAAGGAACGCCAGCACACAGAAGGUAACCAAAAAAGCACCUCAAUGUUUAAUCGGUUUAAAGACACAUUCUUUGGUAUUAGAGGAGGAAGUAAUCCGGGGAGUUCUGGCCCCUCAAUGUAAUAAACACUUUGAAAUUUUGCAUUUUCUUUUUCACAAAUUGUCAGUUGAUUUGGUGCAUUUAUAUUAUGUAAAUGACAAAGCAGUAGAGAAGAGCUUUGGAAAUGUGGACCUCUUUUGUUUCAUUUUAAAAUUUUCUAACAUUUGCAUAUUCCUGCCAUAACUGUGUGUGUAUGUGUGUGUGUGAGAGUGUGUGUACCAGUGUUCAUGUGAUCCGUACACGUCGAUGUGGUCUCAUGUAAACUAUAUGUGUAGCCUGGGCCCAGUGUAGGCAAGUACGGCCCACCUAAGGGAAAAGGGGAUGUCAUUCUACAAAAACAAAGCGAUUCUUGCACUGCAUGGCCACCCAAACCAGCAGAUCAAUGCAAACUGCUCCAUAUGUCCAAAGUGCCAAAUCAAGAAUGGCGCAUUUUUGUUUUUGUGUGGAUGUGAGCAUGCGUGCCUGCGCGGGUGUUUGUGUGUGUGCAUGUGUCCAUGUAGUAUGCUGUGUGUGUGCGCCUGUGUAACAUAAUGGUUAUUUUUGUGUCAGAAGGAACUUUAUUGAAAGAUUUGUAUAACAGUACAUUAAAAUUCUGAUUUAUGUGGCAAAAUAAAGAGAAAUUAUUUUUAAACACUUAAA